AUGAACUCCAAACAUCCAAAGAGUAUAUUGAAAUUGAAAGACAGGAGAUCAAAAAGUAUCCAUAAAAAAGUACAUUUUGAGGGAGAGGCUGAUUUGAGUCAUCCACUUACUCAUAUGUACCACGAUCAGGCUUUAGAUGCAGUUAAGAAGCUAUGGAGCCUCAGGGAAAGUUCCAACUACAUAAUAGCAAAGGUGUCCGGCUACAAUAUAACAGAUGAGGAUUUUAAGUCACUAGCUUGUAGGAACUGGUUGACAGAUCAGGUCAUGGAUGCAUACAUCGCAUUUAUAGUUCAAGCUGAAAUUGAAAAGGGUAAACAGAUCACAAUGUACCCUUCACAAACCAUGACUGCUAUUAUGAGUGGUACUUUUUCAGUGGAAAAUUGUCGAAAGAAGCUAAAAGUGUUUGAAUGUGAAGCCAUAGUAGGAGCUAUUAUCAAACAUCAGCAUUGGACAUUAGUGAUUGUUGAACCAAAGAAGGGAUUUAUUUAUUUCUACAAUCCAUUGAAUGAGAGGAGGAUCCAAAUCAGGGACAUUCAAAGAAAUUGGUGUUCGUACAUGAGUGCAAGGAUGAUUGCUCUGAAUGAGCUGGAUAACAUGCAGUGGAAAGUGGAAACAAGAGAGCAUUCAAAGCAAACUGAUAGUUUCAAUUGUGGAGUGUAUUGCCUUAUGUUUGCUGAAAGACAUUUCAGUGGACAGCCCAUCUCGAACAUUACCAAUGCAGACUUGGACUUGAUGAGAAUCCGAAUUGCUACAGAUUUAAUGAUGUUUGAAGUGUACCUGACAGAACAUUGUCCUGCAUGUGGAUUUGUUACACGGAGAGAUAAUGAGAUGAAUUGUGAAGAAUGCACCAGACACUUUCAUAAAAAAAACCACUGUGUUGGGGAGGAAAACAUUUUUAAAAAAAGAAGCUUUAUCUGCAGGAUGUGUACCAUUCGAUUUUGGGUAUGUGACAUAAUGUGUAACAAAAUAUUACAAAUAAAUAUUUAUUCUGAAAUAUAUUCCACUGCAAUAUGA